GAAAUCUUAUCACAAAUCAAGCAUGAUGUCUUCUUCUAUGAGUUCCCAAAUUGGGUUGUUUCUCUUUGCAAUACUUGCUUCGUCCCUCUUCUCGGAGAUAACGUACGCACAAGUAAAUCCUUAUAAUUGUUGGAUGGGAGGGACUACAAAAGUAUUCACACCGUACUUCCAUCCAGUUCCUGGGGAUGGGACCGAAGCUAAAUGCAUUUCUGUCCUACAAGAAUGCGAAGAUUUAUGUCAAGCGCAGGGCAGAACCAAGGUUUGGGAUAUUUGCUCAUAUAUUGAAAGCACACAGAACUACGCAUGCACGGCUUGCUGUGGAGAUGCUUCUUUUCGUCCACCACCACUACCACCUUCGCGAAGAGAUCCAAGAGAUGAGUGCCAACUAAAUGAGAUUUCUUUAUCGACGCAAGUAAGAAGCUGCCCAGCCCCGGCAUGUGCAAAUUGUCCAGGAAGGUGUGCGUCAAUAGGAGCUACAAUAACAUAUAGGCGGUGCAAUUUGAAUACCGGCUUCUGCAGCUGUUGUUGCUCUACCUUUAACAGUGGCCUUCCUUCAUCAACAAGGAUCCGUAGUCUUGGUUCAUCAUUAGUAGACGCGGCACAGUAAAACUAUGAUCACGUGUCAUUUAAAGCUAGCUAGCCGCAGCUAAUCUGAUGUGAUAAUCACAUCGAAUUUUAUCUUUAUAUCGUUUAAUUAAUUCUCAAGAAUAUAUGACACAGUUUGGAUAACUUUACCUAUGUAAAGAGUGGUCAGGAUCUAUCCUCCCAAUAGAUAAAUCAA